UGCGCGCCUUGAUAGUGACCAAAAUUUUCGAGAGACGGCCAGCGAUUCAGUUUAUCGUUCUCAGGAGGCUGCAAGUAGUGUGUGGUGUGUGCAAGGAACGGUCGGACCGACUCCAGCGCGUGUGAGAGGAAGAGGGAGGGGAGAGAGAGGGAGGUGGCAAAAUGCGGUCGAUGGGAGAAAUGAUCCGCUACGCGAUGAUUCGGGAGCCGGUCGUCAUGUGGUCCUGUUUCAUUGCAGGAAUAGGAGUUGCUCUGCCUAUUAUUGUUCCGCCAAUCAAGAAUGCCUUCCCUGGCUCGGAGCCCGUGCGGCCACUCUCAUCAAUGGAGGUGGUCAACGCUUUGAAAAAGCCACGCACCAAUCUCUCCCAAAUCUCCAGCAACUGGACAAAGCUGGAGGCACAGUCUUCAAAACAAUGAGAAAUGGCAGGUGCUGCAUUCUGGCAUCAGUUCUGUGCACGUGCUUGUGUUUUGCAGAGAGGGAGACAGGGAAUCAGCAGAUGGGAAGGAGCCUAAAUUGACGGUAGGCAGAGGGACCGG